UUAUUUCCCAAGACGCGGUUACAGACUGGCAGUUACUUUGGUUUCAUCUUAGCAACAGUAACAGAGGAUUUGCUGUUUAGACAAAUGAGGGGAGGAGUGGGAGGAGAGAGGAGUAAAGGGAAGUCAGAAGUGAAAAAGAGCAUCUCAGACUAGAUCUUUUACAUUAGGAAGUCAAGCAACCUAUUGAGGAAAUAUGAGUGUCAGAAUAUGGGUUCUCUAUCUGUUACACCCCGUGUAAAGACGGGGGUGGACCUGUUGCAUAUUAAUGGCUAUCAAUUUCAGAAUCGUGCAUACGUUGGACUUCUAUGGCUUCAGACCUGCAAGGAGAGAUUUUCAAAUGGGACAACCUACAACAGAGAAGCGUCCAAAAGUAAUGUAAUGAUGACAUAAAUAGAAAUGUAGUGAUGGCUUGAUAGGUAAGAGACCUUUUCCUAUACGCCAUAUAAACUAAGAUUACUCUUUAUAGGAUUUAAUGCACACUGAGGUUAUGUUAUUUGCUCAUGUUUUUUUGUUUGUUGGCAGCACAACUCAGUAAAGUUCUGCUCUUGAUGGAAAUUAUGGAAUACAGCUACAGAUGUAGGUUAUAACUCCAGGAAAAAAACUGUGCUUUAUGAGUGCAUAUGAAUGUAUGGACACGGUGGCAAACUUUCUCUUCUGGGAUAUGAGAUAUAGGACAUUUUGCACUAAAUACGUUUCAUCAUGCAACUAACUAUUGUAUCUGAUGGGACAUGUGAAAUACUUUCCCAGGACAACAACAUUCUGUGCACUCUAGGAUCAUUAAUACAGUAUUAUCAAGAGGAUUACCUUUAAUGAUCCAUUAUGUCCACAAACGGGGUCCACACAUCAGAGACAGAGCAGUCGGUGGAGCACUCAGCAGAGUAUUCGGUCCAAGUGGCCUGUGACGUGGGUCAUGAAGCAGGCCGGGCACAGGAGGUUGCGAUUCUCCAGUCCAGCUGCUGCCGAUGCCUACCCCAUGCCGUGCGCCUCACCUUUAUCCCCGACUCUUUGGAGAGACUUUAUCAAAGCUACUUCCGCCGCCAGAGACAGGAAAACCUUGUUCUGCUGCUGUUGUUCGCUGCUCUUUUCAACAGCUUCAUCAUCAUCAUGUGUGCUGUUGUGUACACUGAGGAAAAGCUAGCGAUGGUGGUGGUGGCAGCUGUGGGUCUGGCUGCAGACAUCGUCCUUUAUGUACUGUGCAGGCUACAAAAGCUGCCCACAUCACCCGUGUCCCGUGGAGCUGUCCCCUACAUCCUGUGGCUGAUGGUCACCAUGCACGUCCUGUGUUACAUGGGUCUGAACAAUGAGCGUUUCCCUCAUGCCAGUGACUCAGUGGGCUGGCAGGCCUUCUUCAGUUUCUCCAUCUUCCUGACCCUGCCUUUGAACCUGCUGUCUCUGCUGUUGCUCACUGCCUUGUCCUCUGGGUUACACACCCUGGUAUUAGGUGUGAAUGUUGCCCAAAGGUUUGAUGCCAACCUUCAGGGGCCCAUGCUGGUGAGACAGCUUUUUGCCAACAACAUGCUGUUCCUGUGUGCAGCUGCAGUUGGAGUCAUGUCCUACUACAUGGCAGACAGGAAAUAUAGGACAGCUUUUCUAGAGGCACGUCAGUCACUGGAGGUCAAACUUACCCUUGAGGAGCAGAGUACCCAGCAGGAGGAAUUAUUACUGUCUAUAUUGCCUAAGCAUAUUGCCGAUGAGAUGCUGCAGGGCAUGAAGAACCAGGCCGAUCAGAAGGAGGUGCAGCAGCAACAGUUUAACACCAUGUACAUGUACCGCCAUGAAAAUGUCAGUAUCCUGUUUGCUGACAUUGUGGGCUUCACCCAGCUGUCAUCAGCCUGCAGCGCUCAGGAGCUCGUAAAGUUGCUGAAUGAACUGUUCGCACGCUUUGAUAAACUGGCAGCUGAACAUCACCAGCUCAGGAUUAAGAUUCUUGGCGACUGCUACUAUUGCAUCUGUGGGCUCCCUGACUUCAGAGAGGACCAUGCAGCCUGUUCCAUAAUGAUGGGAUUGGCCAUGGUAGAGGCCAUCUCGUAUGUAAGGGACAAGACAAAAACUGAUGUGGACAUGCGUGUGGGCGUCCACACAGGCACCGUGCUUGGAGGAGUGCUGGGUCAGAAACGAUGGCAGUUUGAUGUUUGGUCUACAGAUGUCACUGUGGCCAAUAAGAUGGAGAGGGUGCAUAUAUCCCAGAGCACCAAGGACAGUCUGCAUGGAGAGUUUGAACUAGAGGAAGGGAAUGGUGGAGAGAGGUGUGAGUACUUAUUGGAGAAGGGCAUCGGCACCUUCUUGGUUCUAGACCCUCGACAAGUGGAAAAUGGGCUUGAUGAAAAUACACCCAAAAGACUGUCGCACAAAAGUUCAAACCAGCUGAUCAAUACAACAGCAACCAAUGGGAAUGCAACCUCACCACAGCAUGCACCUGCUGAGGCCCAACAAGAGUCACAGAAAAAUAAGAUGGUUGUGGAAGAUGUGAUCAACAGACGACUCCAACAGGAGCUGCUGGACAGAGAAUCUCAACAAAUAAUGAAGGGUCAUCAGAUUAACCCAGUGUCCUUGCACUUUCAUGGAAAGUUAGAGGAGCUUUACUCCUCAGAGAAGGAGAAAAGAAGUGGAGCAGCCUUUAGCUGCUGCAUGAUUGUGCUCUUCUUCAUCUCAGCAAUGCAGGUGUUCAUCGACCCAGAGCUGGCUGUGAACUAUAUCACCUUCGUAAUAGGGGAGAUAUUGUUGCUCAUUCUCACAGUCUGCUCCCUGGCUGCCAUCUUCCCCAGGAUGUUCUCUAAGAGGUUGGUGUCCUUCUCACUGUGGAUCGAUCGCACACGUUGGGCCAGAAACACAUGGGCAAUGGCUGCUAUAUUUGUUCUUACCAUGGCUGUGAUUGCUGACAUGCUUAGUUGUGGCCCACCAUCCAUUAAGCUCUACAACAGUAGCUCUGGAACCAUUUUGCAGUCCCUUGGUGACCAAACCUGUGUGGACAAUCCUAAGCACUACAGCUUUAUGGCUGUGAUGUCGCUUAUUGCAACAGCCAUGUUGGUACAGGUCAGCCAGCUGAUUAAACUGGGUCUGAUGGUUCUAGUUGUAACAGCAACUGGAGCUGUAAAUAUCUACAGCUGGCGAGACAUUUAUGACUUGUACGACUACAUACAGUUCGGCCCCUACAGGACAUCUAUAGUGCCGUCCAAGUAUGUCAUGACCAUUAUGAUUAUUAUCAUGAUGAUAAGUUUCUACAUCUUCGCCCGUCAUCUUGAGCAUCAGUCUAGACAGCUGUUCCUGUGGAAGUUUGGUGUCCACGAUCAAAAGGAGAAAGUGUUUGAAAUGAGACGAUGGAAUGAGGCACUUGUAAUAAAUAUGCUGCCCGAACAUGUGGCCAAACACUUUUUGGGAACUAAGAAGAGAGAUGAGGAACUGUACAGCCAUUCUUACGAUGAGGUGGGAGUGAUGUUUGCUUCCAUUCCAAACUUUUCUGACUUCUAUACUGAAGAAAAUAUCAACAAUGGAGGCCUUGAGUGCCUCAGGAUUCUCAAUGAGAUCAUCUCUGACUUUGACAGUUUGCUAGACCGGGAUGAAUUCCGCUGUAUUACAAAAAUCAAAACAAUAGGGAGCACCUAUAUGGCUGCAUCAGGUCUCACCCCGGAGAGCAGCACAAAUAGAUACAGCAAUCGCAAGCCAGAAGAACAAUCAUUGAUAGAGCGCUGGCAGCACCUCUCUGAUCUGGCAGACUUUGCCUUGGCAAUGAAAGUCACCCUUACCAACCUCAACAAACAGUCCUUCAACAACUUUAUGCUAAGAAUCGGUUUGAACAAAGGAGGAGUUCUCGCUGGGGUGAUCGGAGCCCGUAAGCCACAUUAUGACAUCUGGGGCAAUACUGUUAAUGUAGCGAGCAGAAUGGAGUCCACAGGAGUGAUGGGCAACAUCCAGGUUGUGGAAGAUUGCUAUGACAUUUUAAAGGAGUAUGGCUUCCGCUUUGUCAGGAGAGGACCCAUAUUUGUUAAAGGGAAAGGAGAGCUGCUAACUUUUUUCAUGAAAGGCAAAGACAAACCUACUGGCAAUGAUGGAGCUGUGACCACCGCCUUACCAAACCAAGUUGGGGACCUUUCAUGAAAAUUCCUAACUGGAAAUGCCAUUAAACAAUAGUAAGGCAGGGCAGAAACAUUUUUCCUCUUCCUUCUUCUUUUUUUUUUUUUUUUUUUUACUUUUCUCACAUAUAAACUGUUUAUUGAGCUUUGUCUUAAAAAAAACAACAACUCUCAAGCAAAGCAAAGCUUUGAAGGUUGAUCACUUUAACAUGACUGCAACUGCUCUGAAAAUGUAGGCUUUAAAAUCCACUUCAAGCACAGUACAUAUUUCACAUAGCAGUGGGAUCACUUUGCACUUGAUUCAUAGGCUGUAAGGGAACAAAUGGCUCUGAAUGAACAAAUGCCUAACUUUAUUUUUAUUUUACCCUAAAGAUUUUUUUAUAUAUAGAUUUUUUUUCUUAUUUAUACUGUGUUAAAAAAGUCUUGUCACUACAUUUAGUAUUUUAGUAUUUCAAAAAUAAAUAAAAUAUAUGGCUUAGUUCAUAUUAAUAGGCUAAAAUCAAUCAUAUCUCAGUUUUGGAAGUAAAGUGACCCACACAACGUUUGGGACCAUGAAGAGAGAAUUUUCACUGCCUAAAUAGUAAACUUUUUCAAUUGAUUAAACAAUUUGUAUGUUUUUUUAUUCGGUACCUUUUGCUCACCCAGCGAUCUGUUCCUAGCAAUAUUUUUUUGCUAAAAUGUAACACAACGUACAUUUUAAUAAAGGGUUAAUUGUGACUUUUCAAAUAACUAUGUACUAUUAAUUCUAAAAAAAAAAGUUUAUACAGCAAACAC